AUGAUCGCAAUCAGUUCGCGACAUCACGGCGGUCAUCGUCAUCACAACCAUGGCGACGCCGGUUAUGGCGAUCGAGUCGCGGCUGGCGACCGACUUUUCGAUUUGGACCGAGUCUUCGAUGGCGGCUGGCCUGCUGUGGCGACGUCAGACGACGCGCGGUACCCCACGUCGUCGAGUCACCACCAAAUGCAGCUUCAUCCACCAGUGAACCUUGAAUUCCACGCUCGCCGCGAGGAUGACCGCGCUGCGGACGGCAGUUUGACGGGAUUCGAGCGCGACGCUCGGCCCGCAUCUCUGGUAGAGGAGGCGUCGGAUUCUUCGUCGACGGUUACUCCUCAAUUUAGGUUUCAUGGAGCCUUGCAGUACCAGCACCGGCAAGUCGAUGCGUCAACGACGUUGUUACCACUCGAUGGCAAAAUUCCUUCGCUGCGAGUCUCCCCGGUUGCAGCGCCAUCGCGCCAGUCGGCGCCGCGCGCGACGAACGAAGCCGUUGCUUCGUCGGUUUCGUCCCAACCUGCUUUGGCGGACCUAGCCGCGUCGCAGUCGAUCACGAUUGGCUGCCUCGUGCCUGUGGACCUCACACCCGACAGCGUUCACAUGCUUGCCGCUGUGACUUUAGCGGUGGGUGAAAUCAACCUGUCAAAGUCUCUGCUGCCGAACCACACGCUGCUGCUCGCGCCGCUCAACUACACCACGCAGCCAGUCGCGGGGCAGAUGGCAGGUGCGUCAGGGAUCAGGGAUGGGGGUGGAGGGCAUGUGGGUGGCAUGUGGGUGGCAUGUGGGUGGCAUGUGGGUGGCAUGUGGGUGGCAUGUGGGUGGCAUGUGGGUGGCAUGUGGGUGGCAUGUGGAUGGCAUGUGGGUGGCAUGUGGAUGGCAUGUGGGUGGCAUGUGGGUGGCAUGUGGGUGGCAUGUGGAUGGCAUGUGGGUGGCAUGUGGAUGGCAUGUGGGUGGCAUGGAGGCAUGGAGGCGUGCGGUGCAUGUGCUGCGGUGGAUGCAAGGGGGUACCUGGAUUCCGGAUUUGGCGUGCAUCCUCAUCCAGCCAGCAUUCCAGCCAGCUUACCUUAA